UUUCAUAUAGUUUGUUGUGAAAAUAAAGGUGAAGUUGUGUUCUGAGGAAUAUAUUCUUUUUACAAAACUUUUUCUAAGCGAAAAGAAUGUUCGUUUGUAUGAAUACCUACUUGAGACUCUCUUCAGCAGAAAAGCCAUUCUCUCAUCAAACAGUUUCAUUACACAACUGUGCAACAUUUUCAUCCUUCCAAAGCAUCACGCCUUGAUAUCAUGAAGCCAAGAAAAUUCACAGUGAUAGAACUGGAAACAGACUAUUACGCUAUCCUGGGACUUGCCACCAAUGCGAGUUUUGAUGAAAUCAAGGCUGCUAGAAACGCGAAAGCCAUCGAAAACCACCCAGAUAUGUAUUCCGCAGACAUGUCUUCCGCAAUCGACGCGCAUCAUAAGAUGAUGCUCAUUAAUGAAGCGUUUGAGAUUUUGGGGAGUGUGGAGGACCGCCAGAAGUACGACAAAUUUCGUGCCUACAAUGGUGAAUUCACACCAAAUUCCUUCAAAUCGCAUGACAAUAGCAAGCAACACACGUCUCAACAAAACACAACUCGCGACGAACAUAAAGGAAGGACGGGAAGUUUCGGGGCCGAGUCAGGUACAAAUGAGGAUUGGAAACAUCCCCCACCGCCACCAACAGAUGGAUUAGGAACAGAUAGGUACGACUAUUUGGGGAGACAAAAUACAAACAUGUCUGAAGAGGAUGCGAUGCAAGCUAGGGCAACUGGUUUCGCGGCAUUCAAGGCAAAGGUUCUGGCGCAGAAGGCACUGGGGGAGGAAGAGAAGAUAUUGGAUGAAGGAGGUAGAUGGGCAUAUCAUGUUGGAGAGAUUUGAAGAGGCCAUUGUAUAACCCAUAGCCUUGAAGAUACCC